CUAGCGCUGAAGAUGAGCGGCAGCGCGGAGCUCGCGGAAACGGAGGCGCCCCGCGUCAAGCUGCUGCCCGCGCUGCGUAAAGGCUUUGCGAUCACGGAUCUGCUCGGACUGGAGACGGACCUGCAUACGCGCCAAGGCCCCGGGCAAGCGCCGGGGCUUUCCAUGCCCGCGGCCGGAGGAGGGGACGCGCAGGGCCCUCUCGGCGCGUUCGCGUUCCCCGGAGGCUCUCUACCGCUGGGCCUCGGGUUCCUGUGCAGCCUCGCGGCUCAACAGCCCGGAGGCGCGCACUGCUUCCUCCCCGGGCACGUGCCCUUGCUACAAGCACGCGCAGACUCACACUUUCUUCACAACCUGGAGGGCACGCGCGACUCCGCAUUCUCAGAUGAGGAGUGUCUGUCAGACCGGGACAAAAGCUGCAGCGGCGGAAAUCAGAAGCGCAAGAAACGGCGCCACAGGACGGUCUUCACCUCCGCUCAGUUGGAGGAGUUGGAGAAGGCGUUCCAGGAGGCUCAUUAUCCUGACGUUUACGCUCGAGAGAUGCUGGCCCUGAAGACUGAGCUCCCCGAGGACCGGAUCCAGGUGUGGUUCCAGAAUCGCCGGGCGAAGUGGAGAAAGCGUGAGAAGUGCUGGGGGCGGAGCUCUGUGAUGGCGGAGUACGGUCUUUACGGCGCCAUGGUGCGACACUCCAUCCCGCUCCCUGAGUCCAUCCUCAACUCCGCCAAGAACGGCAUGGUCAGCAGCGCCCCCUGGCUGCUGGGUGAGGCCUCGCAACGGAUGCAUAAGAAGUCUCUGGAGAUGACCACCAAGAAGUGCCCAAGCCCCACCCCCGACUCCCUCUGUGACCCUGCACGACCUUUGACCCUGAGCGAUCGCUGCACUAGCCCUGACCCCUGCAUGACCCCCGAGCCCCGAGACGACCAAUCAGAGCCCAGAGAGGAGCAAGAAGAGGAAGAGGAGGAAGCCAUGGACCUAUCCCGCCCCUCCAAACCCCCGCAGGGCAACAGCCAAUCAGAGAGCUGAACGCCACCGCACAGCCAAUCAGAGAGCAGUGAGGCCCUACCACACAAUGACAAUCAGAACACAGACCUGGUUUAGUCCUGGUUUAGUCCUGGUUUAGA